AGCACUCUGGCGCGGCAGACGUUACAAAUUGCAACGCCACGAGAACAUGGAAGAAGUUUUGUUGGCGCUCGGCGUGAAUUUUGUCUUGCGAAAACUCGCCCAUACUGUUGUGCCAGUCGUCGAAUUGGAACAAGACGGCGAAUAUUACUACUUUAGGCAGUACACGGUUAUCCGAAAUCGCGAAAUUCGUUUCAAGCCGGAGGAGGAAUUUAUUGAGGAGACGCCAGAUGGCAAGAAAGUGAGAACAAUAAUAAAAUUCGAAAAUGAGAAUAAAUUGGUGCAAAUUCAGUAUUACAAAGACGGACAAACCAUGGAAAUCAUCAGAGAGUUUAUUGAUGAUGAACUUAUUGUGACGUGGUACUUGGGCGAUCUCGUGCACAAACGUUAUCACAAAGCUAUUGUCGUUUAAAACCGAAGCAUC